GAAUGCUGAAAAGAAAAGAUCAGUUGAAAAAGUGGGAGGAAAGUAUAAAAAGUUGCGGGACAAUUUUUGAUAAAUACGCUCUUAUUGAUUCCUGGACGUACGAUCGUUUCGUAGAAGCUCGCAACAAUUAUCAUCAAGUGACAACAAGGAAUUUGCAACAAUGGGCUCUAGCUGCUGCAGCCCAAUUCCAAUCAGAAUCUUUAAUUUUUAAAGCAUCAGCAGCAUGGGUCGACAAAUUCAAGCGUAGACACAGAAUUCGCCAAAGGAAAAUCGUAAAAUACGUCUCUCACAAAGAAUGCGUGACUGUGGAAUAAAUACUGGAUGCCGCGACAAAGUUUCAAACACAAACAAAGGCAAUAAUUCCAAAUUUUAAUGAAAAAUAUGUUAUCAAUACUGAUCAGACGUGUUGCCAAUAUCAAGCAACAUAUGACAGAACACUUGCCGAAUUAAAUUCAAAUGGCGUACUAGUUGAAAAGCUCAAUAUGAACAAAGUUAGUCACUCGUACACGGCGCAAUACGCGAUUACCUUAUCGGGGGAAUUAGUACCUCACGUGUUCCUGUGCUUGCAAGAACCCACAGGAAAGUUUCGUCCCAGGGUACAGAAAACUGUGGACGAUUUAAUGAAGCAGUUUUCUAAUGUAAUUGUAACAUGCUCCAAAUCUGGGAAGCUUACUACGCAGUUAUACACGUCCUUCUUAAGUCACGUAAUGCUUCCUUAUGUGGGAACAGAAAAAUUUUUGUUAAUUAUAGAUUCUUCGGGGGGUCAAACAAAUCCUGUAUUGUAUGAUGAAAUUUUUAGCGAUAACGUAGGUCUUCCUAGUUGUACAGUGAAAGUGAUACCUCCUAAAUGUACCGCAAUUUGCCAACCCUGCGACGUUUAUUUUUAUAGGCAGGUUAAAAAUUUUAUCAAACGCAUGCAUACUUGUCCAUAUUUAAUUGAAAACAAACGUGAAAUUAAUUCAUGCGAAGAUGCCAUAAAAAUACAUGGUAUAAUACAUAACCAACUAUCUGCGCCAGUAUUUAAGGAUAUGUUGCGUUACGCAUGGUACGCAAGUAAAUUGUCCGAUGAUAGAGACAUUUUUUUAAAUGUGAAUGAUAUUUGUUUUCCAACACACAUUCUAAACAAGCCGUGUGGAUGCGGGAAAGUAUCUUUCAUAAGAUGUAGUCGAUGUCGUUGCACUUUAUGUUUUCCCUGCUUAUACGACAAGUAUCAUCCUACUGUUUGUAAUUCCCAAGCUGCAUUUGACGAUUAGAAUUGUGUUAUGUUAUAUAAUUUGUAUAUAUUGUAUAGUUCGUUAUUAUUUGUUUUAUAAAUAAGAAAAAUUAAUGAAAAUCUAUGCGUUUCGUUCUU